CCAGUACAUCCGGUUUCAAAUUCGCGCACUUCGGUGUUUGCUGUGCCGUGCUUGACAGGCUGCGGUGUCAAUAUCUUAUCUUUAAUUCAUAAAAUGUGAACCUCCAGAGAUCAAAACGUACAGGGUGAAACUGAAUAGAGCCUAGAAAUAUGAGUGAAUCAAGGCCAACCAUGUUCAAUCCCAGUCAAGGAUUGAGCCAUAGCUUUAGUAUGGCAAGCCUUGCUGAAGGAAGCAGUGAACCAAUUUCUGAAGCAGAGGAAAUUAAUGAGAUGAAAUCUCUUACUGAAAUGGGCAACAAGGCAAUGCAGAUUAGAGAUUACACUGAGGCUAUCAAGCAUUAUGAUGAAGCCUUGGAAAUUGAUGACCGAAAUGUUGAAGUUUUGAAUGCCAGACUUCUUGCCUUUCUAGAAAUGAAAGACUUUCAGAUGGCUCUCAAAGAUGCAGAAUAUUGGAUUUCACUUGAUUCUGACAGUGCUGAAGCCUUCAGAUUACUAGGAAUCAUCUUGGUAGAACUGGACAGAGCUGGAGAUGCUCUGAAUGCCUUCCUCACUGCUCUCGACCUUGACCCAGAGAGAGCUGAUGAAAUGACCACCUACAUUGCCACUGUGUCCACAUUCUUCUGUGAAAUACCUAAGGAUGUCCUGAAAAAGAUCAAAGGAAUGGAUCCUUACAAGAAACUGAGUGAAGUUGGAGUUUGUUUAUUCCAUAGUAAACAUUAUGACCUCGCCAUCAAGAUCUUGGAGGCAGCGCAAAAGUUUGAGACCAACCAGAAAGGAAUCACCAUGCGAGUUUUGCUUACCAUGGCAAAUUCCUUCUCGGCAUUGAAGAAGAAUGAGCAAGCCAUCAACUUGUAUCAGGAGUGCCUUGUCACAGCAAUGGCUACCCAUGAACAGAUAUAUCAGACAAAAUCAUUGGUCAAUAUUGCUACCCUUUACCUAGAGAUGAAAGAUACCCAUCAGGCCAUAGUGUAUUAUGAGAAGUUGUUGGACCUUGAAGCCGAAAUCAGUGAAGAGGCAGGCUCUGAGGAAAACUUCCCCGAUUUUUGGACAAAGGAAUUACAAUGUGGUCUUCAUCUGAAUCUAAGCAUUGCCUACAAAUCCAUUGGAAAUAUGGCUUAUGCUGAACGACAUGCUAUGAAAUAUGUGAAACUGUUGGAGAAAUUUGGCAUUGAUGGUCGAGCAAAGUCAGAAUCAUAUCACAACACUGGAAUGUUAAAUGAAAUUUUGGGAAAUUUUAAUGAAGCAUUAAAACAUUAUUCCAUGUAUCUCAAGGUUUGUAAACAGAGUGGAGACAAAAAAGGCAUGGCACAGGCCUAUGGUUGCUUGGGAAGUGUGUAUGCUGCUAUUCGAAACUGGCAACUUUCUAUAACUUACCAUGAACAACAUAUCGCAAUGGCUAAGAAAUUCAGUGAUCCUAAAAUGUUGGUUAUAGCUUAUGAGAUGAUGGCCGACACCUAUAUGGUGAAAGAAGACUAUGAAAGAGCCAUUGAAAAUUACAAUCAGAUGUUGAAUUCCUGUAUCAGGACUGAUUAUAGAGCAAAGUCAAUGGCCUUUUGUAAAAUGGGUAAUGCAUACAGAGAUCUGAAAAAAGAUCAAUAUGCAAUUGGAUUCUAUGAACAGGCCUCAAAUCUGGCAGAAGACUUUGAUUAUGUGGAUAUUCUAACCAUGUGUCACUAUAACUUGGCUUGCAUCAAAAGACACUCCAAACAAAUGAUGGAAAUUGAAGAAGCCAGAAAGUAUUUUGAAAAAUUAAUUCCGCUUUUUGAAACAAAGAUCCGAGAACACAGAGAUGAAGACACCUACUGUCCAUCAGAAUAUCACGAACAGCUCCGAGAGUGUUACGACGGAAUUCAAAAUGUGUUGUGCAAAAUGGGAAAUAAGGAGGAGUGUUUGCAGUAUGCUGAGGCAUACAGAAAACGCUACAUCACCCAGAUCAAGGGCCACCCUGUGUCUUUCAUAAACUAUGGACCUCAAACGGAUUUCUGGGCUGUUGACAGAAUGUCUCGACUCGUAAAUGAACAAAAUGCUGCAGUGGUGUACUAUUCUGUUCUCAGUCACAGGGUACUGAGCUGGGUGUUUGUGCCUGGCAGUGGACUUGUGCGGUUUUAUUCGGGAAAAUCUGCGGAUGUUGAAGACAUGGAAGAAAGGAUCCAGAUUUGCCUGGAUGGCAUGAAAAAUGCUCCAGACUGGAAAACCAUGCAGAAUGUGUGUGAGGACAGAUGCCUACCCCUCCGAAAUGCUCAACUGCAGUACACCAGGCGAAGAAACCUUGGCCUUGGGAAAGAUGUCAAGCAGAAAGACUCCAACAAGGACUUAUCAGAGGAAGGGACACCAAACAAAAUUUUGUUCAAUCUCUUGUUGGCUCCAGUGGAAGACAUUCUUAUGAAACUUCCAUUGAAGAGCCAUUUGAUCAUCAUUCCAGACAAGAAUCUGUACAACUGUCCCUUUGGGAUGCUGCAAGAUUGGAAUGCUCGUUACUUGUGUGACAGGUUCCAUCUGACUUUGUUACCGAGUCUUUUUGCUUUAGAAAAGGUCAUCAAUAAUGAGGUAAACUACAUGAAAGCCCAAGAUGACCUUGACUUUGAGAGGAGUCAAACAAGAAAUGGUGGAAUUAACAAAGUGCUUGCUCAAAUGGUAAUGACAAAUGCAGUUAGCCCAGAUAUGGAGUCAGAAAACACACAUGACACUUAUGACUUAAGAAUGACUGCCAACCCUAGACUUUUGACAUCCAUGAUGGGCACGUUGCCGGCUUCAGCUAAUAGUAACAAAGGAGAUAAUAACUUGGAUGAAAAGAUUCCCUCUACACAACAUUCUCCAAGAGGUGGUCUCUCUUCCAAGAAACCCCUCCCUGGCAUUGUUUCCCAUAACACAUCCAAUAAAUACAGAUCACAGAUUGGCUGUCCACUGCCGAUGGAAAAAAUGCUGAAUUCCCACACCUAUACAACACUGACCAAUAGAACGUCAACUGGAACUGACAUCACUUCCUCUACAUUGUGUAUUACAUCAUAUCAGCAGAUUUGUGAUACUGACACAUGUGUUGUCUUUGGGAAUCCUAAACUCCCUGAAAAACUGCUUUUACAUGACUGUGAGUGGAGACCCUCUGAUGUGUACCUUCCUGCAGCAAAUCGUGAGUUACGUGCUGUAUCAUCUUAUCUCAAUGUGGACCCAAUCACAGGCCCAGAUGCCACCAAAGAAAAGUUCAAAUCCACUGUUGAAAAUGCCACAGUUAUCCAUAUAGCAACACAUGGUUGUUGGAAAGAGGGAUACCUUGUCUUCACCCCAGGGGAGAUAAAGUUACAGUCAGGGCCCCCACAACAGUCCUCAUACAUUUUGACAUUGGAGGACAUAUUGCAUUUAAAGCUGAGGGCCAAGAUUGUGGUCCUCAAUGUUGGAUAUGGACCUAACCGGAGCAAGGAGUGCAUCCCACCUGGAUUUGCUUUACCAUCAGCAUUUCUCAAUGCUGGAGCUCAGUGUGUGUUGGUCAGUAUGUGGCCUCUACCAAAUAUUGCCAUGGAGAAGUUUUACUACCAUUUUUACACCACCUUGCACAAGGGAGCAUUGGUCACAGAUGCAUUAGGUGCUGGCAUCAAAGGCCUGAGAGCUGAUGAAAGGUUCAAGGACCCCUUUUAUUGGUCAGCAUGGAUUUUGAUUGGAAAGGAUGUCAAUAUCAAUCUAAUACAGAUUCAGCAUGCCAUGUUAGAUCAAACUUUAAAUAAGACAGAAAAGGAAUUAGAAGAGGAAUCUGGCAAAGAACUGCUGAAUCCAAAGAAUGUGCUGCCAAUAGUUCCAACAAGAGAGGACAAUUUGACAACCUUACAGGAAUGUUUGGCCUCUCUUCUGCUCCAUCAUAAAGGUCAACCAGAGGUCAUUCCAAAACUAAUUGAUCUGCUUGAUAGUGCAUUAAAAAGACUACACACUGAGGAAAACAAUCGCCAGACGACACGCCUCCCUGACUGUGUCAUACAGAGCAGCAAGGCCAUGGAGAUGCUGCGUCUGCUAGGCUUCCAUUUCCAGGCCAAAGGGACAUCUCUCACAAACCCUUAUGUGGUGUACCCUCACUGGAACAAAGACGAACUGCUGAUUCCAUCAUAUGAUGCUCUCAGAGCAAUUCUUGACAUCUGCUAUGAUGUGGACUGUGUGCAGGCAAUCAAUGAUAUGUUGCCACUGAAUCAGGACAAUAUUUCUCUUAUUGUUGAUGUUCUGGCCCUUACAAAGCAUGCGUCUGAUGUCCAGUUGAAGGUCACUGACUUGUCUGUCAGACCGCUGUGGCAGAACGGUAAGAUCAAGAAUGUGCUCACUGCCACAGGGUUCCAUCAGAUAGGGCUGCUGCUCAACUUCAAUAAGACACCCAGUCAAAAACAAUUACUGACAGCUGUUCUACAGUUCAUGUUGUCUGUCAGUGCGUACAAAAGCCAAGUGCUCCUAUACCGGUUAGAUGUCAACCUGCUCGGGAAGUCCAGUGCCUCCAAGAAUGGUGGUGCACCUGAAUUUAGCAAACUGCCUUCUUUGACCCCAGUAAUAUUGCCAAGAAACCAGAAACUGGGAUUUUCUUUGAGUGAAUCUUUGUCCAAUUUAACGGACUACAGACUAAGAAUGAGUACACCAUGGUUGAGUCGACCUGAAAAACCUGAAGAAAUGGGGGAGAAAAUCAAAUUGGCCAGAAGCAAAUCGGACGUAGACGAGGAGUUUAAGGAUCAUAUGGAGAGAGCCAAAACGUGGCAUCAAAUAACCGUUGUAGCCCAGGAGGAUGAUUUAAAGGCCAAUGAGAAUCUUGCUCAAUAUGGUCGCCCAAGAACUACUCCAACAAAGGUCAAAGUUCGACCCGGUUCAACCGCCUCACAACAGAGGACACCAGUGAAGAAGGAACGUCUCUUGGUUAUCCCGGAAGUGGACCAGCGCAGGGACUAUGCAGGGUUUCUUUUACAACAGAGAAUAGACAACAUAGACGUCCGACACAAGACGGAAGUUAUGAAGCUGUACUUGCCCUAUAUACAGACCACGCCCUCUUCUUGAGGAGGGAUUCUUUGUUAUACGUGCUGGAAUCACUUUAAUUUCAAUUAAUGUGACUGAGUUGUUUAAAGAUUGCAGAAACUGUUUCUUUGGGACAACUUUUCGUGGGUAACCGUUUCAGGUUAGUCGUAGCUAGGUGAUAUCCAUAAAAUCAAGUGAAAGACAUCAAGCUACCUUUUAUCAUACACUAUAACGAACCCUCAGUAAUAAAAUAAAAUAAAAUAAAAAAAUCAUAAUUUAUUGGAGCAGUCAAGAUAUAUUAAUUUGUUUAAAAACAAGGGCAUAUCGUUAUUGUUGUUUGUGGUUAUACUGCUUUACCAUACGGUAAUUGCUUUGGUAAAAAUGUGUGAACAUUAUUUCAGGACGAGUUUUCAACUUAUGGUUAUUUUUUUAAGGAUAUAUGUAAUUCUCACAUAUACAUAAUACAUCAUAUCACAUUUCUGUGAUUUUUUAGUAUUCUGUGAUUGUUUUACUGUUUUUGUUUUCAAUUUUUAUUAUUUAUAUAUUAUUAAACAAAACUAAAGUGAAACUAUAAUUUACGUACGGUUGACGGCCCAUUUUGGAGCUUAAGGUUAUACAACGUACC